GUUUCAUCUUAUGGGGGCUUCCUCACGUACCAGUCCAAAUCAUUUGGGAUUCCGAGUGAGGGCAUGACUCUCAUUGACAGACAACCUGACGUUCUGCUGACUGGUCAGGCUAUGAGCCUGAUCCAUGUGGCUUCACAGGCUCCCGUUCCAGACAGGCUGCACCAGGGCAGGAUCCAACUCUUGGAGGGAAACUGGCGCCAUGCUGGCACCAACAGACCUGUGUCCAGACAGGAGCUCAUGAUGGUCUUAGCAGGUCUGGUGGGCUUGAGGAUCAGAGCCCUGUAUUUUACUCAGACCCAGCGACUCAGCUUGGGGGAGGUGGGCCUGGAGGAGGCGACAGAGUCAGGAACUGGAGGUCCAGCAAACACUGUGGAAGUGUGCUCUUGUCCCACUGAGUACACCGGAGACUCCUGUGAGAAAUGUUCUCCUGGAUUCUACAGAAAGACYGGCUGGCUGAGUUUUGGCCGUUGUCUGCCCUGUGAGUGCAACGGUUUAGCUGACGAGUGCGAAGAUGAAACAGGGAGGUGUCUGAGCUGCAAGGACAACACCGCUGGGGACCGAUGUGAGCGCUGCAAAGACGGUUAUUUUGGCAGCGCAGCACAGAGGACGUGCAGACUGUGUCCGUGCCCAUUUAGUGUAUCCUCAAACAGCUUUGCAGUGAGUUGCGGAGACGUGUUGGGAGACAUCCAGUGUACUUGCAAACCGGGCUACACCGGAGUCAGGUGUGAGAAUUGUGCUCCUGGUUAUUAUGGCGACCCGCUGAUACCAGGAGGAAAUUGCCAGCCAUGUAAUUGCAACGGAAAUGGAAACAGCUGUGAUCGUAGGACUGGAGUYUGCAAGAACUYGCUGGAGCCAGGAGACACAAACACAGAUGAGCACUGUCAAGAAUGUGACAAUUGUGCUCAGACGUUGCUAAAUGACUUGGAAAAGCUCGACUUUGAGCUGGCAAGAAUCAAGGCUCAACUAGAUAAUGCUUCCAUCAGUGGCGCCUUAAAGGAAAGGCUGGAUAAGCUUGAAAAGGCCGUGUCUGAUACUAAGACUCUCGUCAACAAAUUCAGCUCUGCCGUUAACACGCAAAAGUCCAAGGUGGACCAGCUUGAGAAAGACGCMGACAGCCUCGCUGAUGACAUUAAAUCCAUGAAAAACAAGGCUGAUAAGAGUGCUGUAGACGCUGACAAAGCYGUGGACAAUGCUGAAGAGACCUACAAACGGGCAAAAGACCUCGAAAAAGAGAUCCAAAAAAUGCUUGCGAAAAUUAAAGACUUAAUCUUUCAGCUGAAGAAUGAAGGUCGAGGUGAUGCGUUGCCUGCUGAUAGUUUGACUAAGAUACUGGAGAAGGCUCAGUCCAUGGUGACRGAGAUGCAGAACAGAAACUUCACCUCUCAGAAGACGGCUGCUGAGACGGAGCGAGCUGAGGCGAUUAAAUUGCUUGACUACAUCAAGAAUAAUUUUAGUAAGCAGAGUGUCCAGAAYGAGGCUGCAGCAGAGAAGAUCCGCAGCCACUUGAAGGAUUACAAUGCCAAGCUGAAGGACUUGGAGAAAGCUUUGGAAGAAGCAAGAAACCUGGUGAAAAAGGCCAAUACCCAAAAUGGUCUGAAUGCACAGACACUGAAAAACCUGGAGAAACGUAUUAAUGACUUAAAAGAGGAGCGGAAAACUGUUAAAGACCAGAUAGCUAUGGCUGAGGACGAACUGAAGAAGACAGAGGAUUUGGUGAAAAUGCUCUCGGACAGCAAGACGGAGUUUGAGACUCUAGCUGCACAGCUGGAUGGUGCCAAGACCGAUUUGACCAAGAAGGUGAAUGAGAUCACCAAGGCAGCGGCAAAGAAGGACCUUGUGGAGGCUGCAGAGGAGCAUGCGAAGAAGCUAUCCGAGAUGGCUAAACAAAUCGAGGAUGCUAUGAAGAAUGCAAGCAAACUUCCCAAGGUGCGUGAUGCAAAGGAUGCUAUUGAGGCCUAUAAGAACAUUACAGAUGCCAUUAAAGCUGCAGAGGCAGCAGCUAAGGAGGCCAAAGACGCUGCAGAUAAYGCCCUUAAUACUGUAAACAAAGAGAAACUCACMGACAAAGCCAAAGAACUAAAGGACAAGAGCAGUGCCCUGUUGAAAGACGCUAAGAAGUCAGAAGGAGAACUCCAGGGCACUGCAAGUGACCUCAAUGACUUGAAGAAUCGUCUGGCCAAAGCAAAAGAAAAGAAAAAUGAUCUUAAGGACCGCCUCUCUGAUGUUCAGACACAAUUAGAUGACACCAACAGAGGUGGAGUAGGAAAAAAAUCUAAACGAUUAUUUAGAAUCAGUGUAAAGAAAAUGUUAUUGGGAUUAUAACAAUGCAUYCGGAUC